AUGAAAUCAACUCUUUGUUUAUUAUUUGUAUUAAUUGUAUCAGUAUUUGCAACAGCACCAGAAACGUUUGACGUAGUGUUUCAGACCAGUCAAGGUGAUUUUGUUCUAAGUUUAAAUAGAACAUGGUCACCAAAUGGUGUAGAUCACCUAUUUGAUUUGGUCACUGCUCAAUAUUACGAUAUCAAUUACUUUUUUAGAGUUAUUCAAAGCCCAACACCUUUUGUAGCUCAGUGGGGUAUCAAUGGUAAUCCAUCUGUCAGUCAAAAGUGGAAUAUUACAAUCCCAGAUGACCCUGUAGUUGUAUCAAACACUGUUGGUACUGUUGCAUAUGCUGCAGAGAUGAAUGGUAACACUGCAUGCUGCAGAACAACUCAAUUGUUUAUCAACUAUGGAGAUAACAGCUUCUUAGAUAAAAGUGGUUUUGCACCAAUCGGUGUUAUCACUCAAGGUUUCAGCAACACAAUGAAAUUCUUCAGUGGCUAUGGUGAGAACCCAGAUCAAACUUUGAUCUACGAACAAGGAAACUCUUAUCUCGAAGCUAAUUUCCCAAAGUUGGACUACAUCUCUACUGCCAGAAUAUCACCAGACUUCUUUAUUGUAACUUUUCAGUCUAGUGCUGGCCCAUUCGAUAUUACUGUAAAUAGGACAUGGGCACCAAAUAGUGCAGACAGAUUUUAUGAGUUAAUUCAAGCUGGAUAUUACGAUUCAAAUUAUGUCUAUAAAGUAAUUGAUACUCCAAUUCCUUUCAUAGCUCAAUGGGGUAUCAAUGGUGAUCCAAAGAUUACUGCCCAGUGGAACACUUCAAUUGAAAAUGAUCCAUUAGUAGUUUCCAAUACUAUUGCAACUGUUGCUUUUGCUGGAGAUAUCGUUAAUAACAAAGUGAUUAAUAGAAAUACUCAAAUCUUUAUCAACUAUCGUAGCAAUCCACAAUUGGAUCAAUAUGGUUAUGCCCCAUUUGGUUUUAUAUCCUACGCUCUGACCAACACUUACAGUUUUUACAAUCAGUAUGGAAAUAGUCCAAGUGAACAGUUGUACAUUCAAUAUGGUAACGAAUUUAUCGAAGAGAAUUAUCCAAAAUUGGAUUAUAUCAAAGGUGCUGCAAUCCAAAAUUAA